AUGCUUUGUGAAGCGUCACAAUCGAUUGUCAACAAUACUCUAUUCAAUUUUAACGAAACAAUACUGGUGACUGCUCUAGUAUUAUCACGAGCCUCCUUUAAAUCACAGAUUGAAGUCAUUAUCAGUCAAUUAAUUGAUUUGGUACCGUUAGAUUUUCGACGCACAAUUAUUUUUACAACUGAAGCCAUUCAAAGUAAUUUAAUUCCGACGGCCUUCAAUACAGAUUGGUUUAUUGAAUAUGGAAAUGCGUCAAAUGACUAUCUCUUACGAUUUAUACCGCGGUUCUAUAAUAAUGGUACAUGUAAUUGUGUUGUUUCAUCUACUUGCCAAGAGCCUUUACAAAUAGGCCCUCCAGAUCUUAUACUGCCUGGUCUUGUUGUUGCUUGUUCACCCAUCAACGGUUUACGCAUGUCAACAUUUGAAUGUAUGUUCUCAUCGAAUUGUAUCAAUACGAUCCUCCGCUACCUAAACUACUAUACAGAGCUAGAUGGAUCACCACCCUCGAAUUUCACUUUGCCUACAGUACUCCCUUUUGUUGUUAGUCCACUUAACAAAUCGAUUCCAUCGCGCUUUUCGCCAACUACACUGAUCGGUUCUGUAAUUGACGAACUGUUUAUUGAAUAUUGGCAAAAUAUUAGUUCAUACGAAAAUUAUUUCGCUGCUUGUGAGCCCAUUCUAUGCCACUAUGAAUAUAUUCGACGUAAUGAUGCAUUGUAUGUUGCCACAUCUUUACUUGCUUUAUAUGGUGGACUUACGGUUAGCUUGCGAUUGUUCGUAUGGAACAGCAUUCGCUUGUAUCGAUGGAUAAAAUUUUCUGGUCACUUUCAUCACACAACGGUUGCACCACGAAUAAGCACAAACUAAAUUAACAUAAUGGCUACACAGAUUCAACUGAUUGUGCGAAAUUUGUUUUUUUUUUUGGAUGAACUUCGAAAUAUGCUGACAUUCUCAUUAUAGAUUCUUGUUGUUUAAAAAUGUAUCACAAUCUUAAUCAAUAAUAUUUAAUCUUAUUUGUUGUAAACUACUAUUUAAAUGCUUUAUUGUGAUUCAGUCAUAUAAAACUCAAGAUAAACACUAUUUUACGUAAUGUUAUCAACUAUUUUCAUGCAAACUUGACAAAGUUCAUUGAAAUCUUCAUUUAGUAAAACAAAAAAACUCUUAAUUCAAUAUUGUCUUUGAGCUAUAAUGAUGGAUAGUGAAGAAGUCUUUUUUCUAAUAAUUGACUAUUUUUCAUCAAUACCAUGUAUUAUAGCAGAAUAAUCCUUAUUUUAUAUAUAUAUAUAUAAAUAUUUGUAUCAUUCAACAGCAUUGAACUGUAAUUUGUAAAGAUUAGUAGUUUGAAAAAGAUUAGACAGAAGAAGCUGAUCUUCUUCAUGAUGACCAUUUUCUACAGUGCAUUCUAUCGUAUUCUAAUUUAAGUUAAAUGCAUGGAAUACCAAAGAUUCAAUUGCUUGAGUUGAAGAUUUUAUUGUAGAUAGAACUCAUAGAUAUAUGCAACUGUAAAAAUUUCAGUUCGAUCUGUCAACUCAUUCAAGAAAUAUUUAGAUUACAAAGUCUUGUAUUUCUGAGACAUGCAAUGUUAGAGUUUUCAAGAAAAAAUUCAUAAAAACUCAAUGCUUAAAUAUUUUUACAAAUGAUUUGUGAGUCUAGAUGUGAGAAUGUAGAAAUGUAAUUGAAGACAAGGUCUGUAUCUGCAUCGGUAUCUACACACACACAUCUUCCGACACUAGUGGCAAUUUGAGCAUCCAUCAAGUAAUCUUCUUUAUAGAGUACAUGUUUUGAUGUUUUGGUUUAUUAUUGAAUGGAUCGUUCAAAAAGGGGUAGACGAAAUGUUUUACCGAUGGAUCUUUUAAUUGAUUCGAUGCUUUUUCAAGAUCUACUAUCUAUUAAUUCAUUGCUGUAGUUUGGCUAGACUCGAGUCAGGUGAUACAACGUCUAUCGCACAUAAUGAAUAAGUCUGUUUUAGAAAUAAUAAAAAUAACGCAAAAUUUUUGGGGUUUUAUCAAAUCAGUAAUAUUCAGGUUUUCAAAAAAUAAAUAAUCAAGUUAAGACUGUUUUUCCAACGACAUAGCAAUUUUCAUCAAUAGCAUCCUCAUAUAAAAGGCAGUUUCCGUCAUUGUUAAAACGUUUUCGCAGUAAUUUUCCAAUUUUUUCAAACUGUCACUAAAUCCAUGUAAAAUAGAUUCUUAUUUGUUUCAUCGACUUACAAACUUUAUUCCCAAUCAGUACAAAAUAUCUGCACCUAUCAAAUAUUUUUUUAACAAGAUAUGAAUUGAAUUUCGAACAAUUAAGUUUUAGAGACUCAAAUUCAAUUCAUUUUAAUAAAACUUUUACGAUAAUCUUCGUUGAUUGAAAAUCCUAUGUAAAUACGAAGAUCAUGCACAAACUUUUUCUACGUAGUUUCUACUAUCGAAAACAUCAGUUAAAAAUACAAGAGUAUUCAAGUGGUUUUUAUUGUAUUUCUCAUUGAAAAUUCUCCAAAAGCAACAUAUCUCGAACAAAUAACACGAUGCGGUUUUCAUGAUUAUCCUAUUCGAGGUUAUACAAUCAACUGUGUAGAAGAAAAAUAGUUCGAACAAUGCUUUCAACCGAUCGGAUGAAAUAAAUCGAAGAUCGCGUAAUUUCGCUGUGUUUUUGUAAAAGACGAUCUAAAAUUAGUGUUGACAUGUAGGGGUAAAAAUUUCGAUGUUCAUCCCCUUCGCACACAUUCAUGAGCGACAUAUCUAUGGAAAUGUUACAGACUGUGGUUGACUUUGUUGAUAUACUAUUACAAAGCAUAUGUCAAUAAUGUCUCUUUAUAAUAUAUAAACUACUUCCUCAUUGCAUUUCUGGAGGAUUAAGUAAAAUCAUGAUAAAGACAUAUGUCACAAAAUAGGUAAAAAUAACAAUCUCAAUGUGAUAAGCAACAACAACUACAUUGUGUUUCACAUUUUAAUCACACAGGAAUUGUACUAAUAGCUCUUUCUAUAUAAACAUUUAUCUCAUUGAAAUCUUAUUGCUACUCAUAUAAAGCAGUGAUUCAUUGCAUUUUAAGAACGCUUCACAUGUCCUAACUGACUGAAAACCACCAUAUUAAUGCUAAAAUACUGUAAGCAACAUUGUUGCUAUAGCAAAUAACAUUUUAUCAACAUUCAUAAGUCUUCGAAUGUUUUGAAUACAAUUCUUACUCAAGUUGACUUUUCAUUUACCGAAGGAUGCUUGUUUGUAGAGUGAAAAGGAAAGACAAACUUAUCAAACAUAUAAAGUACAAUAUGUUAGCCAUUAGCUAAAAUAAUUGUUUUCGCUUUAUAGCAUCUUUGAUCACUCAACCAAUAUGUUUUAUGUCAAAGAUGCAUUCUCUAUUGACAGAUUCAUUGAGACUAUAUCGGCUUUAUAGGACUUCAGACAAGACCGAAAUAAUAACAUGAUUAUCGUAAUUCAGUGACAGGAUUUCUACUUGUUUCGUGCUUUAUAAAUACUUUUCGUUGUUUGAACUUUCCCAUUAUGCUGCAUCUUCAAUCUUUUCCAAUCAAACAAAAUCUUUUUUGAACUAUGUGUGAUUUCGUUUUAUAUAAUAUCUUAUAUACCUUUGAAUGACAGUUAAUCCAUUGGAUAUGUUGUUCGGUCAGUAUCACCUAUUAUUGACGGAUAUCUACACUUACUAGAUAUGUGCCAGUUCGAAAAGCUUUCUUUAGUUAAGGAGUUUCUUUUCAUUUUUUAUUGUUAUUAUUCU